UAAGCCCUCAAGGCAUGGCCGUACAACAUAGUUACAAGAUGGAUAAUAAUAAAGAACGGUAGUCCAUAUGCAACCAGACUCCAGAUAAAGAUCUUGAAAUGUCACGAGGUGGGCAGCUCUGUGAAAGCUCCGAAGAGCAAAAGCACACGAAACUGACUCGGAUAGGGAGGGAAAAAAGAGCACUUCCCCACGAACACUCUGUUUGAGAGUGAUAAGCAUCGAAUGUGCGUCCAAAUGCAAAAGCGGAGAUGAGAUCCCCUGCAAAACAACAAACAAUGUACAUAAUUUUACAACAUGAGGUAUAAGAAAUCACUUAAGGCAUAGUGACUUACCAAAAAUAACAACAAAAUUAUGUUAGUAAGAGUGGAACUGGUUUAACUGUUGAUGACUCGAUAUUUGCACAUGUUUUCCCCUUUGUUUCUUGAUCGUUUGAGCUUUAAUUAUCGCAUUUUCUUUGGCCUAUUUUACGCUAGGUUGUGUUCUUUUGUCACAUUUCAGGUCCUAGCACAUAAACUGAAGCAUAGGUGCAAGUUUCAAGUCAAUCAGAGAUCAAUUGGCGAUUAGGGAGAAGAAACUCGGGCAUGACCUGAAUAAGAAUGGAUUUCUACUUCACUUAUGGACAAAGAAUCAUGCAAGCUUGUCAUGAAAAGAAAGAGUACGAGACUACGAGCGUCUGGGAUCAAACGGCGACUGAUUCGGAGUCCGGACGAGGAAGAAACGAAGCAUUGAAUAUAGGGGAACAGGUUCGGCAGUAAAAACACGGGCGCACCUAAAUCAAAACACGGUCGUGUCCAUAUUUAGGUACGACCGUGUUUUGGCUGACGAGGGCUGCUGGGGGAAAAACACGGGCGGGAAAAAGUGAAACACGGUCGUGUCCUCGACCGUGUUUUGCCCAGAAUCGGGUUUUUUAGGCAGAUUGAAGCAAAAGGAAAGGGGGACCUGGGUUUUGGAUCCCAAACACCCAAGGGACGAACCAAAGAGAGAGAGGGCGAUUUGAGGGCAUUCUAAGAGUGGAAUUGGAGGAUUUCUUCGCCUUGGAAGCUUGAGGAACAAGCCCGGACUUGAAGACUGAUCAUCUGAAGAUUCUUACUGCAGUCUCUCUCUUCUCUAUGGAGUAACUUCCCUUCACUUAGGUUUUGAGGAACCCUAGCUAUGUUUGUUUGAUUGGAUGAUUGUAUGAGUACUCUGACUUGGUAAUCUUGAGUUCAUAUUCAAUCUAUGCAUGUUUUCAUGAUUCAAUUCUACUUUAGUCGAGAUUAUUGAUUCUGCUUUGAUCCUAUGAGAGCGAAUACCUGAUUAGGUCAAUAGAGCACCAUAGAUUGAUAGUAGUGGAUCGAUUGCUUUAGUCGAGGGUUGAUUCACUGCUUUGUAUCGAUUGAGAACCUCAUUCGAUAGAGGGAAUCUAGUUCAGAACGUCUUGAUCGGUUGUCCUAGAGAAGGAUACGUCCCUCUAGGCAAUUGACUCAAGAGGGCCUUGUUCCUUUAGUCGAGACUCAAGGUCUAUUCAAGGAUUCUCCGCAUUGUGAAUGAAAGUGAAACAAGUUAGAAAUCAUCAAUCGUUAAUCUGGCUAGUGGCUAGGGGGAAUCAUACCUAAGUGAGUUCCCAACCUGUAAUUAGAUUAACUUUAACUGUAGUUUGCUAGAGUAGUUUUAGUUCUUCCUUAUUAAUCUGGUUUGCUAAAUAAUAAACUGAAGCUGAGUAAUAGUAACUCUAGAGACCCGUGGAUUCGAUAUUUAUUACUUGAGCCACUAUACUGCAGUCCCUUCCAUUGGUCACACUUGGCCAUUGUUAGGAGUUGUGUCAUAGCGAGUCAAGUUUUUGGCGCUGUUGCUGGGGACUUUCUAGAUUAUUAGGAAAGGCAGAAGUUUGUUACUUUAGCGUUUUUCUUUUCUUUUCUUUUCCACCCUUUCUUUUCACUUGGGUGUUUUUGUUUUUGUUGGUGCAGAUCUGAAUCAUGGAUCCUCAUGGCUUCUCCAACAAUUGGGGGUAUCCACCACCACCCGAGUGGUAUUACCCCGAGACUCCCUGGAGCAAUCAAGGAGGAGAAGACUAUGGAUUCGGGUUCCAGUACCAACCCCCUUACUACGGAGAACAACCGGACCCCUGGGCAUAUCAAGAACAACCUCAUUACCAAGAAGAAUUUCUCCCACAACCAGAAGGGCCAUCGGCGCUGGAGUUACCCAUGGCGGCCUUCACGGGCCAUUCUGCAGAGCCAUGUUACACUCCGCAGCCAGAUCCAAACUAUGAAUUGAGACUUCUUGUGGAGCAGUAUGCUCGCAAGAUGGACCUCCUUUUCUCAUCUGUUGCUCCUCCUAACUCUUCAUCCCUCCGUGAAUCGGAGGAGACUGUUUCGCACUCAUCAAAGCAACCAGAGCGGGUUGAGCAAGUUUGUGCACAACUUGCUCAAGAUCACCCGUCUACUACCAUACUAGAAGAGGAGGAGGAAGAAGAAGGCUACAAGGACAUUGUGGAGCAAACAGAGAUUAUCACGGAGAGCUCCCGUGAAGAUCAUGAUCAAGAAUGCUCUGUCGUAGCCGACCACCCCUUCCCACAUCCCACACCGAGCUUUGAAGAGGCGGGCAUGAGUGAGGAGAUGCAAGAAGAUCUCAUGAAAGAAAUUGCUUGGCAACUUGCUCUCCAAUCCGUGCUAGAAGAAGAAGAGCAAGAAAGGGUGCAGAAAGAAGUUGUGGAGGAUGACGAAAGUGAAGCAGGAGAAGUUCUUGAUCAUUUCCCAGGGGUGAUACCACUUGAAGAAGAAAGGGAGGUUGAAGAAGCAAUUGACGUCCAGGCUGAGGACGAAGUUGAGGUGGAAGAGGCUUGCACCGGCUAUGAGCUACUUGUGAUAUCUCCACCGAAUUUCGAGGAGCUGCUUGGCAAGGACCCAUUUGCAGUGUCUCUUUGCCAGACCAAGGCCACAUCGACAUCGGUUCCUCUUGGUGGACGCGAUGGUCUCAUAUUCAUUUUGAGCAUUGUUGAAUGGUUUGAAAUUUGGAAUCCUUUUGGAUGCUUGGGCUUCGCCUUACUAGUCUAUAAGAAAUAUUUCCCCUGCUUUUAAGGUAUCACGUUCAAUUUGAUGGUUUGGAAAAGGUAAGCAUUUAUAUCCAAUUGGACUCAUUUGGGUCGACCCCAAUUGAUAGGCAUAAAUUAUACCCAAUUUAAACUCAACUUAACAGAGAGAAAGAAGAAGAAAAAAUUGGGUCCACUUGGAUCAAGAUCCAAUUCCCGUAUUGGUAAUUAUUUGAGUAAAAAUAUCCAACGGGUUGACCCAUUGCCAACCCUAGAAACCAUUCCUAUACAAGUUUUCUAGACAGCUUCAUUGAUGGAUUAUAUAGUAGUUGUUGAAGGCAAGUUCAUCCACUAUUAAGAGUCUCAUAUUGAGCUAAGAAGGAGUAAAAAGAUUUGACAGAA